ACAAUAGUGCUAGGCGCGUUUUGGGAUGUUAUGGGGUCGGAGGUCUGGUUUGCCCGUACCUCAGCUUAACGGCUGAGAAUGUGUGUUCGUAUAAGAGAAUGGACGUGGGACUUCGAGAUUCGAAUCAGCAUCUCAUCUUACCAUCUCACCACGUCAUUGACUCUUCGCCUCUUCGACUAGAUAUAUACUUCAGGAGCCAUUGGGUAUUCAUUCCGAUAUUUUGUUUGCGAAUUUUGAGCUCCAGCACCGGCGAUAAUGUCAGACUCCAUCACUCUACCCUCCGGGCAGGUCAUCACCGACCUCGACCAAUGCACACUCGACAUCUGCCCAAUCGACAUCGCCCGCUUCCACUAUCUCCCAAACGUAGCCGGAAAUGUCUUCUUCUGUAUCGUAUUCGGUGUCUGUCUACUGCUGCAAUUAUUCUUCGGCAUCAAGCAUAAAACAUGGGGCUACAUGGUCGCCAUGGUCUUCGGACUGGUACUCGAGUUGCUCGGAUACGUAGGGCGACUCUUGCUACACAACAAUCCGUUCUUGUUCGAUAACUUUCUACUAUACCUCAUUUGCCUCACCAUUGGCCCUGCAUUCCUCUCCGCUGCAAUCUACCUCUGCCUCGGCCGUAUCAUUGUCAUCUAUUCGCCCGCUCUCUCUCGCCUCAAGCCGCGUACCUACACCGUUCUUUUCGUCUCCUGUGACCUCCUAUCUCUCGUCCUGCAAGCUCUCGGCGGUGCUCUUGCUUCGACUGCUGAUGACGAGAAGUCAAAUGAUCUGGGCAUCAACAUCAUGAUUGCUGGUCUCGUUGCGCAAGUCGUCUCCCUCCUGGUCUUCAUGCUGUUGUGUGCCGACUUCGCGUGGUCUGCGCAUAAGCGCCGCAGCGAACGGGAUCCGGCAUUUGCUGUGCUGAGGUCUAGUUUUAUCUGGAAAGCCUUCUUGAUCGGUCUCGGUGUGGCUACACUUACAAUCUUCGUCCGAAGCGUGUAUCGUGUAGCCGAGCUUUUCGAGGGCUUUGACAGCGAGUUGGCGAACAAUGAACCAUUGUUCAUGGCGCUUGAGGGCACAAUGAUCAGUAUCGCUGUCAUAUGUCUCACAGGCCUGCACCCUGGAGUCGCCUUCAAGGGCAAUUAUGCUGCUGGUGACUUCAAGUUCCGCACCAAGAAAGGAAAGAAGGAUGUCGAGAGUGACGCCAACAGCGAUGCACAGUCUCAGAAUGUCGAGUUGCGAUGAAUAGUGCAAGAUGAGCGUGGUAUCCAUAGAAACGCAAGAGAUGAAGCGUUCGAGCCGCUCAGUGGCACUAUUCGCUGCCCGGUACAUCCGUGACGAAGUCUUGCGGCAGUCAAUUGGAAGUGUCGAGCGCGUGUGUCUAGGUAAAAACGCAUCUCGACACUGUCGUACUAUGUAACAACGAGGAUAGACGUUUCAAAGGAUAGAUAAAUGGUGGAUAUACCUUGGAUAGAAAUGCUUUUAGCUAGGAGCUCCGGCGUACAUAGACGAUUAACAACGAUUUUUAUUUGUGUGAACCAGAAAUGUUCGAUAGAUCUGGG